AAGAACCAGCAUGCACGUCCGAUAGUGGGCAGCCAAAGACAGCAAAGGCACUUCAUUGUAGACAGCCAGCUAUCGAUAAUCUAGCUUGGGAUACCGAGCUACUCCCGGCUCUCAAAUGGAAUCACCACUAACCUAUUCUCCCGUACAGAGUACUCAUUCGGGUCUUCCGUCGAGGUCGCGGAGCAGCACAAAACUUGGGGACGAUGUCACCUCUUUGACUUCCUUCAAUCCGUUCUCAGAAGAGGAUGAAAACGAUCAUUCUUCAUAUGCCCUCGUAACCUCUUUAUUCUCCCGAAUGAAGAAUAGCUUCGCUGCGCCCUUGACUUCUUCGACUUUCAUACCGCCCCCCAAUGGUACCUUUGGAGUCCUUCCAGGCGAACAGAGGCGCCCAUCUACGGUCUCUGUAAACAAUACCUCCGCCUUUUCCUCUCGCUCCUCUGCGCCUGAGCGCCCGUUGUCACUAACUGUCGUGCCAUCAAGGACCGCUCCACCCCUCGUAUCCUUGACACCAGUUGUAUCAGAUCCGCCAUCUUUUGGUGUAGAACUAGACCGCUCGCCUUCACGUAGUGGUCAAUAUACUCCUGUAUACGAGACUCAAGACGGUGGUCUCUUUGGAACUGCCAUCCCUGGUUUCCCCAUCCAGGAUGAUGCUCGUAGCAUACGCACUUCCGCUUCAUUGAAUCGGUCUGCCUCUGUAUCCAAGGUCAUACGCCGCAUUCGUGGUGAAGGUCUUUCUCGCGAUUAUUGGAUGGAAGACUCCAACGCAAGGGAGUGUUAUGAUUGCAAAAGCGUCUUCACAACAUGGCGACGCAAACACCAUUGUCGUAUAUGUGGUCAAAUAUUCUGUUCGCGUUGUGCAUCUAAUAUUAUCAAGGGUUCGAGAUUUGGUCACGACGGUAUGGUUCGAGUGUGUAAUCUCUGUCUCGAGAAACUCGCAAAGGUCGAAGACGAAGAUGAUGACGAUAGGCGUUCUGUCGUCUCUUCCAUGGCCUCUCCAUUCCCUGCCCACCAGUUUGGCGGCGACUCGUUCGGGCUCAGUCUUGGUCACCAUCCCCAAUCCCCAUUCGCAGCCUCCCAGCUGUUCGGAAGGACGGACGAACCGUUCAAUCUGUACUCCAUCGCUGAGACAAAGAGACCAGCAUCCGACAACGAUUCUAUACAUGAUUGGGAGCCCAUCCGCGAGAGUGCACCAUUUCGGCGGAACCUUUCAGAAGACGAGAAAGAUCCACUCGCAAUAUCCAACUUCAGCAAAAAUACUGCACAAACCGCUAUGGUUCCUCGGUCAAAGACCCCAGUUGACUUUCCGGUCACUGUGCCAGUCAAUGUCGAGGGCACCAUGAGCACAAUCCAAUUUCCCUUGAGCUCUCCAGAGCAACACGGGCCAGAGAGUCCAGGAAAUUAUAAUUCCAUACGCUCCAGAUUCAAUAGCUUCGGAGACUUUGAUAUUGCCACGCCCUUUAUCAGGAGCCGAGCACAGAGUCGACUCGAUAACUUACCUACCAUUGAAGGUUGGCGCACGAGGCGCGACUCCACCGCCUAUGCUCAGGAGCUUAACCUAAUUUCCAUGUUCCAUCUUCGCGUCAUGUUGCGGCAAAUGCUCACGACCGAGCAGAUUCCAAAUAUCAAGGAAUGGGAAGAAACUCUGCUCAAACUUGCCCUUCGCGUUGCUCGAGAACUCACUUUCACUGCCCUUCCGUACCACCAAGGCGAGGACAUGGAUGUCCGGCGAUAUGUCAAGAUCAAGAAAAUCCCUGGUGGCGCACCAAGCGAUUCCGAGUACGUUGAUGGCGCAGUCAUUACGAAGAACGUUGCCCACAAGCAAAUGUCACGCAUGCAACGUAAUCCCCGCGUCAUGCUUGUGACUUUCCCACUCGAGUUUCACCGAGUUGAGGGUCAAUACGUCCAUUUUGGCCAGAUUCUCAGGCAGGAAAAGGAGUAUCUCGGAAACUUGGCGAGCAGGAUUGCUGCGCUCAGGCCGCAUGUAGUAUUGGUGGAGAAGUCAGUGAGUAGGAUUGCACUCGAAGCGCUCGCGCAGCACAAUAUCGCCGUCGCUCGUGCUGUAAAGCCCACCGCGAUCCAAUUCGUGGCCCGAAUGAUUCAGGGAGAUGUCUUUUCGUCCAUGGACAAGCUCGCUCUAGAACCUCGAUUAGGUCAUUGCGCACGGUUCCGUGUACAGACUUUCGACCACCCCCUAAUUCCUGGGCGACGGAAGACGUAUAUGCGGUUUGAGGGAUGUAGCCGUGAAUUGGGGUGCACCAUCGUUCUGAGAGGAGGAGAUGUAGAUACGCUCAAGAGGGUGAAGAAAGUGACGAGAUUCUUGAUGUUUGUCGUGAGGAACUUGAAACUGGAGACCCACCUGUGGAAGGACUCUGUGAUCACGCUCCCUAGCUUGAGCGCAGAGGCCGUACCGGCAGGUAUUGCUAUGAAGCGCCAUGCAGAAGGAUCUGGCACGGCUUCGAACGCUGGUGCUCUUGUGCCUGCAUCGGUAUCUCUGGUGCAUCUUGUGACUCCAGAGGAUAAGGAGCGGCAACAGGCAGAGGAGGCGGAGAUCAAAGAAGCUGAAGAUGAUCUUCCUGAUGCUGAUGCCGAGCGCAUUCGUCUUUCGAAGCGUAUUCAGCAGUCGUUGGAGCCGUACACCAAGACGUUCAUAUCCGUUUCCGCCACAUUGCGUUUCCCUCCUCCCCAGCCUAUCAGGAGGAUGAAGGAGUUGGAUGACGAGCUUACCCGUGCACAACGCGCUUGGGAGGACGAGAUUGUGCGGAGAGAGGAGAAGGGCCCAGUUAAAAAUGAGAGUAAGGCCCCCUCGGGCACGCCCACGCCUGCCAGUGAAGCAGCGGCUACUAUCUCCGGAAUUGAACCAGAUGUGGAUGAUGUAAAAGCCCAGAUUGAAGCACUUCCACUCCCUGAUCUUCCGAAGACGCCAACUUCCGGUCUGUCUGACCUUGGCGAGGAACCCGCUGGUUACUUCGAACCUCAGCCAAGCUCCUUAUUGCAUGUCCUCGGAGGGUCGUCGUUCUUCCAUUCGCCUCGCCUUAUCGUUCCCGGCGAGAAAGAGAACACGAUUCCCCUGAAGACCGCUGCCGACAUUGCCUUGGAGAGCCAGCUCGGUAUGGUCAAGUAUCGCCACGAAGAACAGCGACGUAUUUGGGAAUGGUACCUCCGCAAGAACGCUGACGAUUUCGUGAUCGACCAGUACCAAUGCAUCAGCCUUUGGGAAUACACCAUCCCGAUCGAAGAAUUUGGUCUUCAUCGCGCCUGUUUCGCUCCUGGAUUGAAGUACAUCAAGUUCUAUGGCGAGAAUGAUUGCACGCUGGGUCAGUUCAUUGAGAAGAGCGUUAAUGAGACGCUGGUUCAGUUCCUCGACCCGAAAGCGAACUGCACUGGGAAAGGAUGUAACCAACCGCUCGCAAGGCAUUGCAAGGUCUUUGUGCAUAACGAGACCAGGCUUGCAGUUGCUGUUGAGCAGUGGGAUGGGCAGAUCAAGGCCAAGGGUCCAUAUCUCUAUCCUUCCCCAGAGACGAUCACGACCUGGAGCGCUUGUCGGGUAUGUGGCUCAGCGACGCCAUUUAUUCCCAUAUCCGAAGAGAUGCAGCGGUACUCCUUUGCCAAGUUUUUGGAAUUGCACUUCUAUCCCGCAGACGUACAGCUUGUCCAAGGCGCUGGCUGCCAACACAACAUCUACCAGCACCACAUUCGGUACUUUGCCACGAAGGGAAUGACGGUGCGGUUCCAGGCAGAUCCUGUCGUCGUCCAUGAGGUUGUUUACCCCGCUAUGCGUAUUCGCAUCCGUCCGGAGUCGCAGCUGGAGCUCAAGAAUGCAGAUUACGAACGGCUGCACCGUCGGAACACUAUGUGGUACACUGCCCUCGUCGAUGAUCUCAAACUCAUCAGCAUUGAUGCAGCUACUGGUGAUGAAGAGCAGGAUGCGAAACUCACGGCCGACAUCAACAACUUGAUUACACGCGCUGAAGAUGAGAGAGAGGAGAUCGCUCAGUUGAUCAACAAGAUUUACAAAGAGUCGACCCCGAUUGAUACGCUAGCUUUGAACCAAGUUCGAUCGUUCCGACAGGACAAGAUUGUAGCAUGGCAACAGGACUUUGACAAACUCCCGAAGCCGAGAGGCACUCUGACUCUGGACAGGAACACGCGGAGGGUAUCUGCUGCCCUUGGGUCUGUGAGGGCGAUGUGGCCGAAGAAACCCGAUGUUGCAAGUCCUGGCGAAUCUCAUCAGCCUUUUUCCAGUGUGUCAGAGGCGGAAGAGGGAGCGUCGAGUCGGAGGCGGAUUACCGGAGAGUCCUUUGUAUCGUCUGCGUCAGAGGCUUCGGAGCCUGAGCUUGAAACUGUUGCAGAGAAGACAACGAUGGCCACUUCUGAUACAGAGGCUCCCCGUCCUUCAGUUAUUGAACCCGAAGUGGCUAUCAAACGCAAAUCGGACCCUGACAGUGACUCGACUAUUGGUGCAUCUAAAGACGACGGGGCAUUGUCAGACCAAGAUGCAUCAUCGACGACACGAGCGGAGCAAACUGAGGCUCGUGUUGUUACAAGAGCCUCGAGGCUGCCUCGACGGCCGCAGGCCCACCCUAGUGUUGCAGAACUAGUGGCUCGGUACCAGGAGUACCUGCCCCCACAGGGUGUUGAGGAACUUGCCAAGACCGCCCUCGCUCCAUUUCCUCCUGUGUCCGAAAGCGAAGCAGAAUAUCCCGCACAACCACCGCCUCAACGGUCUACCAUACGCAGGAACAGACAUGAACCCGUCAAGAAGCCCUCGGUCUCCGAUUUCGAGUCUAGCUAUGCCGCGAAUGUAGCCUCGAGGUACCUCAACCGUCGCUCCCUCGGCACUCAAAAUUCACGCAUACCUGGAACAGUUGGGUCCUCCUUCGAGUCUUCAACGGCAUCUCGACGGCCGUCGCCAGAUAAACGUGGGGUAAGACCUCUCCACACUGACCCGGUGCCAUCAUCACCGCCCACCACAUCCAAACCGCUUCCCGCGGGUGGUCGCACCCUGCGGCGGAAGGCAUCUGCCCGAACCCUCCAAAAAGACAAAGCACCCUCUCGUCCUACCUCAGUCGUGCCUAGUGCAAAGCCUCCGUUCAGACGACCCCCUCAAGGUGCUGGAAGCAAGGUGUCUAAUAUUGCACGGCAUUUUGAGCGCAUAACUCGGGAUAACGAGCGAGCAAAUAGACGUUAUGCGGUCAUCAGGGGUCGUAAGGCACGGCCAGUUGCGUCUGCUCGUGCUACGGUUGAGGUUUUGGAUAGCAUCAAAGAUGCGAUACAGGACGAGUCGGAGAGUUCUGAUAGCUCUAGUGAAGCAGACGAUGAGGGUGGUGACGAGGAUGAAGCACGAAAACCGGCAGAUAAAACCACGAUGGAGUCGUCGCCAGAACAAUCUGUCACACUUCCUACCGUCACUGUGCAGGACGCUGUAGAUAUUGCAUCAGUUCCUGUGCCUGCAGACGAGCCUUCCUCAGUUCCUCCAUCAUCGACACCGCCACUUCCGCCGCCAGCUCAACAGCUCGGGUCAGUACAAUCAUUUCCGCCAUCUCCUUUCCUUAAACCCGAGACCCCGGGAGCGAAUAUCCCACCAACCCCGCCUCCGAUUUUGCUCGACGAACCCGGGAGAAACUCGAUAUUCAAGCAGGCUUUCCAGGGACUAUCCCAAGGAUUGUUCUCGUCUCAGAUCCCACCGCGCAAACCAGAUCCAGAGGCUGACGAUCCGUUGAAUGAUCCGGAGCACAUUUUCCGUGAUUCUUCAAUGGUCGUGAGGACGGAUGAGCCCACAUCUAUCAUUGCAUUGGCGUUGAAUUCUCCCCAAUACCGAGAAAUAUUGGCCAAGUCGCGGAUCGAGAAACGCACUGCUCGAGAGCCAAAGCUGACUGAUGGAGGGGAAGCGUUCAUGCCCGACGAUCAUUCUGUCGCGGAGUCGUCCUCGACAUGGGGAGUAGUCAACGUCGAGACUGCAGAAUCCGGUAACCCCGCGGAGGAGCUCAAAUCUGCGUCAACGAAGAUGCCUUGGGUGAUUACGUUUGAAAGUGGUGGUUUAACAAUCAGUUGUACCGUAUUGUAUCCAGAACAGUUCGAUGCUUUGCGCAGAACAUAUGAUUGUGAGAAGAGUAUGGUUGAGUCGUUGGCAAGGUGUGUCAAGUGGGACGCCAAUGGAGGCAAGUCUGGCUCGGCGUUCUUGAAGACAAGAGACGAUCGUUUCAUUGCGAAAGAGCUCUCGAAGGCAGAGCUUCAGACGAUGGAGACGUUCGGUCCGGCAUACUUUGACUACAUGGCAUCUGCGAUCUCUGGCAACCGUCCCACUUUACUCGCCAAGGUGUUUGGGUGCUACAAAUUGACGUUCAAGAAGACGAGAGACAAGGGUUCGAGCAAGGCCAAACUGACACAUAUGAACCUGCUUGUGAUGGAGAACCUCUUUUACGAUCGUCGGUUUUCUACUAUCUAUGAUCUGAAGGGAUCAACCCGCAAUCGUCACGUGCGCUCCACUGGAAGGGAAAACGAAGUACUGCUGGAUGAAAACCUCGUCGAAACUGCUCAUCUCUCACCGUUUUAUCUCCGUGAACACUCGAAGCGCAUACUGAGAGGAGCAUUAUACAGUGAUACCAAGUUUCUGGACGACAUCAAUGUCAUGGAUUAUUCACUUCUCGUCGGUAUUGAUGCUCAGACCCAUGAAUUGGUGGUGGGUAUUGUUGACUACAUUCGCACCUACACCUGGGACAAGAAGCUCGAGAGCUGGGUGAAGGAGUCUGCCUUCCUUGGCGGGGCUGGUAGAGGAGAACCCACCAUCGUUACACCCAAGCAGUAUAGACAACGGUUCAUUAGCGCUAUGGACAGAUAUUUCCCACUAGUCCCUGAUCGAUGGAUGAAGCAGAAAGACAUUCCAGAAGAAGACCCGUACAGUUUGAACAGUCUGGCUGAACUUUGGCCAGACUGGUGAAGCAUAUCACGUCCAUUCAUUCAACACACAUGCAUCAUGUCCGUUCCACUGUAACCCUACCAUACGAUACGUGCCUAGUACAUACUCGAUGAUCUAAAUCCUGUACAUUACACCAUUUUGUUAUAGAGCGACCUGUAUACUACAGUUUUCUUGUUCUAGUACUCUGAGCCUUGUUUGCAAGGCCCUGUGCUUGGUGCUUCAUUUCGGCGGAGAACUGCUCCUGUGUCGCCUUUUUCUCUACACGACGAACUUGACGUUCGGCCUUGACAGCUUGUUUGCGAGCUUUUUUGUCUUCCUUAGAUUCGUCGCGCGGGCGAGAUAUGGUUUGCUUGACCACUAG